CCCCGGGGGGUGGGAGGUGGGGUGGGGGGAGGGAGCGCCCCCAGAAAUUCUCGGGCAUCACCCCCUGCCCCAAGCACGCAAUAAACACUGACAAGAAAAAGUUUUUAUUUCCUGGUUCAACUUUUUUUUUUUUUUCCUGGAAUAUAGACUGAAGAAUGGGAAUAAACACGAAUAAAUAACAGAGCGAGGCCGCGCACGCCGGGAUGCGCCUGGCUGCAGCCGCGAGGCUAUUGUCUCACCGCCCUGAAGCCAGCCCCGGCCUCGUCCUCCGGCUUCUUCCCUUUCCCUGUCCUUUUUGAUUUUCCUUUUUUAAAAAGACGCCCCCUCCAGUCCCCUGGCCAGUGACCUUGGCCUCCUCGGAUGCUCUGAUUACACGCGGCUCCCUCCAACUUGCCCCCGCGCCGGCCGGGCCCAUGGCCGCGUCCGAGGACGGGAGCGGCUGCCUCGUGUCGCGGGGCCGCUCGCAGAGUGACCCCAGCGUCCUCACCGACUCCUCGGCCACCUCCUCCGCGGACGCCGGGGAGAACCCAGAUGAGAUGGACCAAACCCCCCCAGUGCGCUCCGAAUAUCUGGUCUCAGGGAUUCGAACUCCCCCCGUGAGGAGAAACAGCAAACUGGCCACCCUGGGCAGAAUCUUCAAACCCUGGAAAUGGAGGAAAAAGAAAAAUGAAAAAUUGAAGCAGACGACGUCCGCCUUGGAGAAGAAGAUGGCCAGCAGGCAAGGUCGGGAGGACCUCAUCAAGAAGGGGCUCCUGGAGAUGAUGGAGCAAGACGCUGAGAGCAAAGCGUGCAGCCCCGACGGAGAUCCCCGAGUUGCACAGAGUGAACCUUCCACGCCCAAGCAGGAGCCGCUGACCUCGGAGGAAGCCCAGCUGGGGAGCCCUUUGGCCACUGGGACGGACCAGGCUUCCCUGGAUGAGACGCUGUCCUCGGACACCCCUUCAGACGAUGCAGCCAAGAUGUCGUCAGCAUCCAGAGAUGAAGAAGCAGGUGCUGCUGGCAGCCUCCCACCUACCACGGACGAGCCCUCUCAAGCCUUAGCUGGGUCCGACUCCCUGGACAGUCCUCCCAGACCCCUGGAGAGAUCCGUGGGCCAGCUCCCCAGCCCCCCGCUGCUGCCCACCCCACCGCCCAAGGCAGGCUCCAGAACCACGAGAAGUGUCACAGGCCAGACCACGCUCUUCCAAGGCUCUGGUGGGAAGAGUACUGACCCUCCUCUCCGAGGCCAGCUUUCCACGCCCACGGGAUCCCCACAUCUCACCACCGUCCACCGGCCGCUGCCCCCCAGCCGAGUCAUCGAGGAGCUGCACAGGGCGCUGGCCACCAAGCACCGCCAGGACAGUUUCCAAGGCAGGGACAGUAAGGGGUCCCCGAAGAAGCGCGUGGACGUCCGGCUGUCGAGGACGUGCAGUGUGGAGCGGGGCAAGGAGCGGGAGGAGGCUUGGAGCUUUGAUGGAGCCUCGGACGGCAAGUGGACCGUGGCUAAGGAGUCCGAGGAGAACAAGGAGAACUUGAUCAUGAACUCCGAACUCAAGGAUGACCUGCUUUUGUAUCAAGACGAAGAGGCCCUGAAUGACUCCAUCAUCUCUGGAACGCUGCCGAGGAAAUGCAAGAAGGAGCUCCUGGCAGUGAAACUGAGGAACCGGCCCAGCAAGCAGGAACUGGAAGACCGCAAUAUCUUCCCCAGGAGGACGGCUGAAGAGAGGCAGGAGAUCCGGCAGCAGAUUGAGAUGAAACUCUCCAAACGGCUGAGCCAAAGACCCGCCGUGGAAGAACUGGAGAGAAGAAACAUCUUGAAACAAAGGAAUGACCAGACAGAGCAGGAGGAAAGAAGAGAAAUCAAGCAGAGAUUGACAAGAAAGCUUAAUCAGAGACCCACGGUUGAUGAACUGAGAGACAGAAAAAUUCUGAUACGGUUCAGUGACUAUGUGGAGGUGGCGAAAGCACAGGAUUACGACAGACGGGCAGACAAACCCUGGACAAGACUGUCGGCAGCAGAUAAGGCAGCAAUUCGUAAAGAACUGAAUGAAUACAAAAGUAAUGAAAUGGAGGUACAUGCAUCAAGCAAGCAUCUGACGAGAUUCCACAGGCCAUAGAGAUUUUCUUCUGAGAAGAAUUGUGUUUAAUUUUUUGAUACCAACACUGAACAUUCAUCAGGGAACUUUCCUGAAGUUCAGCUCACGACCCCCUGCUGUGUUUGUGCGAGGAGCAGGACCACACACACAGGUGAAAUCUUGGCCACACUCACCUGUAAGAGGACCAGCAGAGGACACUCUUCACUCUCUGGUGUCUGAGGAGUGUGAACUGCUGGGGUCAGUAAAGACCCCAAGUAACUCGACCAGAAGAAAACUGUUGUUUGCCUUCCCGCCUUGUUUUGCAGUUCUGCGGUGUGACCAGGGACGGCCACGUGCGUGUGCAGGGUCACUGCGCCGAGGCUCCGACCGAGGGACGUGUACGCAGUGUCUUCAGUACCAUGUGGAAAAGACGUUUUUAUUCUGAUCACAAUUAAUUUGAGAACUCUUUAAGUUCGUGUUAUACAAAAUGACUUACUGUAUUAUUCUUUUUUUAUAUAAUGUCUAACAAAAAAUGCAGCUGCAACAUUU